AUGCUGUUCAAGUCGACUUUCGCUCUCGCCUUCAUGGCUCUCGCCAACCUUGUCACCGCUACCACGGUCCAGACCCCUGCGUGUCUCCUCACCGUUAUGAGCAAGGACACAAACGACCCUUCUCGGAUCACCUCCAUCUGUACCACCCAGACCAAGGAUAUCCAGUCUGCUAUCAAGGACACCUGCGGCUCUCAGUCUGAGGAUGCCUUGAACUUCUACGUCAAGACCUGCAAGGAGAAUGGCCAGAAAGUUGUCUUGGCUAGCAGCACCGAUAGCAGCGCUACCUCUACUAGUUCCGGCUUCGUGACUGCUACUGCGACUUCCGCUUCAAAGAGCUCCAGCUCCAGCUCUGACUCCAGUUCCGACCCCUCAUCAGCCACCGCCACCGGCAACACUUCCAGCUCUAGCUCUUCGGGCGCCGCUUCUCCUUCCGCAACCUCCACCAACCUUGGUGUUGCGGAUCGCAAGAUCCCCGGCACUGCGCUUGCUGCGGCGGUAUUCAUGGGCGCUGCUGCGUUGCUGUGA